CGGAGCCGCCGCUGUCGCUGUUCCUGGUGCUGAUCGCGGGGAGGCACGUUGUGGCCGAGCGCACCCGGGGUCCCGACAGAGGGUCCCGGGACGCGAGGAAGCCCUGGAAAGGACUAGCUGCGGAGCCAGGCCGGGCCGGCGAUGCCUCCCGCUGCUGCGAUUUCUUCCGGCGACCGAUCGCCCCCGGCCUUAGGGGCGCAUCCGGGCCCCGAGGAGGGCGAGCUUUGAGGCUCGGAGGCCUCCUUCCGCCGCGGCCGCGCAGGAGGGCACAGGGCCCGGGUCGUCCGCCCUAGCGCUCUGCGGCCCCGCUUCGGCUCGCUUCCUCCCCCGCCGGCCGCCAUGGCCUGCGCCGCCCGGAAGGGCGCGGGCCCGGAGCGCAGGCGGCCGCCGCCCCCGGGGCUGCGCGCGCUGCUGCUGCUCUGCCUGUGGCUGCCGGGCGGUCGCGCCUCGGGCCCGGCCCCCGCGACGCUGUCCGAGCUGCACACGCAGCUCUCGGGCGUGGAGCAGCUGCUCGGGGAGUUCCGCCAGCAGCUGCAGCAGGAGCGGCCGCAGGAGGAGCUGGAGCUGGAGCUGCGCGCGGGCGGCGGCCCUCCGCCGGGCUGCCCCGGCCCGGGCGGCGGCGGCUACAGCGUCAUGCCCGACGUCAUCAUCCGCACCAAGGACUCCCUCGCGGCGGGCGCCAGCUUCCUGAGCGCGCCGGCGGCGGUGCGGGACGGGCGGCAGUGCGUGGCGGCCUGCUGCUCCGAGCCGCGCUGCUCCGUGGCCGUGGUGGAGCUGCCCCGCCCGCCCGCGCCCCCGGCCGCCGGGCUCGGCUGCUUCCUCUUCAACUGCACGGCGCGCGGCCGCAACGUCUGCAGGUUCGCGCUGCACCGCGGCUACAGCAGCUACAGCCUCAGCCGCGCGCUGGAAGGGCAGCGGGACCGGGCAGCAGGCUUCCCGGCGCCCGCCCGGGCCUCGCCGCGGCUGGAAAAAGAUGAGCCCCCACUUAGCAAGGCUGGGGACGAUGUGGUUCUGCGUCUGCCCACAGACGGGCUGGUUUUGGACGGCCGCGAGAGCACAGACGACCACGCCAUCGUCCAGUACGAGUGGACACUGCUGCAGGGUGACCCGUCAGUGGACAUGAAGGUGCCUCAGUCAGGGACGCUGAAGCUGUCCCACCUGCAGGAAGGACGGUACACCUUUCAGCUCACCGUGACGGACACUGCGGGGCAGAGGAGCGCCGACAACGUCUCGGUGACCGUGCUGCCCCCGGCCUUCCCCACGCGAGGAUGCUCAAAGGUUUGCUCACGCCACCACUUCUUUUGUGACGACGGCUGUUGCAUUGACAUCACACUGGCUUGUGAUGGAGUCGAGCAGUGUCCUGACGGAUCUGAUGAAGCUUUCUGUCAAAAUUUGAGCCUUGACCGGAAGACGGAGACUCACCUGGCGACUGCCCAGCCUAGAACCAUAGCAGCGAGCAAAGAUGCAGCAGGGCACUUCUUGGAGAAGUCUCAGAAAGCCGCCGCCCCACAGCCGCCACCGGAGUUACCAGACACGGAGAGGAAUCAUUCCACCUCCUGGGGACCAAAGAUUCAAACUGACCCCCUGAUGCCAGAUAGUGAUUCCUCGGGGAAGAACGAAAAAGAAGAAAAUUAUAUUUUUGAGUCAAAGAGCAAUCGAGGAGGAGGGGAACACCCAGCCCCAGAAAUAGGUGCAGUGCUGCCACUGACACUGGGCUUGGCCAUCACUGCGUUGCUGCUUCUCAUGGUUGCUUGCCGACUACGCCUGCUCAAACAGAAACUGAAGAAAGCCCGUCCCAUUACAUCUGAGGAAUCUGACUACCUCAUCAAUGGGAUGUAUCUCUAAUAAAUGUAACUUAAGUAGCUGGGGCAAGGACGUUUCACUUGUAAUUUAUUCCUACACUGGGUUUUGGAUAUUUAGAAUCUUUUUUUUAACUGGGCUAAGAAAAGUAUGGAAAACCCAGAAGAUUCUACAAGCCCCAAACCUUUGUUCUUAUUUAUUGUAGAAAUAUUUCCCUUUGGAAUUAUGUGAAAUAUUUUGAAAUUUAGAGGAGUCCAUACAGUUAAAGACUUACAAUCUAAUUCUGAUUUAUGUAUGCUGUCCCUGAAAAUAGAAAUUCGUAGUUACCCAAAACAGAAAAUUUAGUAUCUCAAGAGGUGGCCUUAGAACCGCAGUGUUAACAACUCCGUUCUUUUUAGAAGCCAUGGGCCCCUGGCCACCCUGUGCCACAUGGUGCACGACCUCCCCUUGUUCUGUGGCCCUCCUAUUGCUCACUUUCCCCUUCCAUAGCUCUCCCUUCUCCCCUCCCCUGCAAAACCUGUUUCUGAGAAUGGACCUCAAGUGAGAUGUUUCCAGCGCCGCUGACAUCAUGUCAUGUAGGUGGCUGCCUCAUUAGGCUGACCUUUGGGAGGAAAAACUCAGACUGAAUUACAAAUAGCUCUAACAUGGGCAUGACAUGAUACAGGAAAUCAAGGUGGAAGGAGAGAACCUGGCAGGUCUAAAAUUUUAAUCGACUUCACUGAGCGCAAAGUGAGCAAGGAGGACUACUAGUAUUUUAUUUCGCCUACUCCACACUGCUCAGUGGUCCAGAACACAGCAGCUCAUUUUUAGAAAAGUCACCAGUUUUCAACAUUAGUCUGUAUUGAUGGGAGAGAAAAGUGCACUUAAAUUGAAAAGCAGAAUGAUGAGUGGAUUUCUGGGUGCCGCUUUGGUAAAAUUGUCCCAUGUUUACAUAUUAGCUGGUUGUUUCAUCCACUGGAAUGAGUUUUCCCCAUUAUUUAUUUAAUGUUAUAAUGUGCAGUCAGCUAACGCCAGGCCAUGUAUUCUCAGAGCAUAAAGCAGUUUUGCACAAAGUCGUCUUUAUAGAAAACUGGCAUCUAGUUUAGCAUCUCUUCUUUUUGUUUUUUUUGGUAGGAUUUUAAAGGCAAAUUAUUCCCAUCAUCACCUAAUGCCAGAAUUAUACAUUUUCUAGAAAUUAUUCUUCUGAGUGGACUACAGAGUGUGAUGCCUGUCUAUACUCACAUGAUAUUCCUAUUUACAUAAUGUGUUUGUAUUGUCGUUUUUUUACCGUAAGUGGCCAAUCUUUUCAAAUUCUAGGACACAUUUUCAGAAUGAACCCGAGAUAGGUUGUUCCUUUAGCAAAGAGCUUAAUUUGGGUUGGAGAUAUAACCGAAAACAUUAACGAAUGGGAAGUUAGUUCUAGAAAAAUGGAAAUUAGUUCCUUUUAUUUCCUGAAAAUGUCAAGCAUUUUAUUGAGUUUAGAACUGAGCAAAGAUUUAAAUUUUUCCUCAAGGACAGUUUAGAGAAAUGACUGUGAAUGAACUUAAGUUGUUUGUACUCUUUACGUGAUGCUGUGCCCUUUGUUUUCUAAGGAAGGAUGUCAGUUACAGCCAUACCCAAUAAAAUAAAAACUGUCAAGGCAUGUCUUUCAGCACAUCUUUUAUACAUGAAGAAAUUAAACACAAUUUAGUACUGCAACAAUGUUGAAAUACAUGAGAAAAGAUGUCCCAUGUACAAGAGUCUGUUAAUAAAUUAUACUUAAUUCUUAAUUCUUAACAACUUUUUAAUAUAAUCAUAAGUUGCCAAUAUUUACUGAGCUGUACUAUCUUACCUGGGUUUAACCAUACCAACCCUAUUUUACAAAGAGGGAAAUUAAGGAUUAGAGAAGCAGAAUCAAGAGCUUCAAAAUACACUGCCAGAUGGACUGAACAGGACUUUUUAAAGUCAACUUACCUUUUCAUUAUGUGAUUGAAAGAGUUCUGCAUCUAAGACAGUUUAAAAAUAAUUUUAAAGGGAAAGUUGUCCACAAUUUACCUCUCAAACAUGUCUGUGUGCUUCACAUCUCUUUUCCUGAGGAAAGGCCCACUGAAACAACCUUUCUGAAAACUUGAAAUUCUUUCCCGCCAUCCUCAGUGCAAGUAGACUGCAGCUCCCUUCCAUCCUUCCACAAGCAUUUUCAUGUUUCAAGUCAUCCAAAUAUCAAAUAUGUUCUCCCUAGCAAAUAACAGAAUUUGUUCAUCUUUCUCCAUGACUUCACCUUUGAAACUAACUCAAAUGACACUGAGUCAAAUGAGGGUUCAUGGCCUAGGUCCAGAAGCUAUACCAACGGCAGCAAACAAGCCAAUGAAGAACUGAAACUCGUAAGGUUUGGCCACCAACGAAUGCCAGUUUCCUAUGUCUAAGAUCUUGCCCCCAAAGAGACACUAGGGAGAAGAUGCAUGCAUAAUUUUUUAAAGCUAUUUUUAAGGAAGAAAUGUUUAGGACGUUAAGAGGUGGGGGAGAGGUGCCUUGCAUCCUCGCUCAGCAUCCACUUGCUAGAAUCAUACGCACUUGGGCACAGCAAUCGCAAGGGCUUUGCUGGGAGUGCUAGUUCUGCUAGCUCUAGUGCUCAUGUUGCUUUGAGCUCUGGAACCCUGAGAAAAACCAAGAUCCCACUAUAAAAGGUCUAAAGCCACAACAUUAAACAAGAUUCCAAAGUGCUACUGACUUUUUGAAAUUCAUUUAUAGUCAUUAUAUUAACAAAGCCCUUAUAGGUGAAGAGAUGGGUUUUGGUAAAUUUAGCCUCAACGCAGCCCUUCCCUGACUUUCAGUCAAUUCGUUUGCUCAUUCAUCCUGCAUUUAUUGUACAUCUACAAGAGGACAAACCCUGUGUUAAGCAAAGAAAAAUAAGUGAGGUGUAGUCCUUGUUCUCAAGAAACAUAGUCACAUUCAUUGUGCAAAUGUACAACUGAAUUAAUGCCACUCAUAUUUGAUAAGAUGGAGCAUCAGAGAAAUAAUCUUUUCUGUGAUCUUAGUCAACAUUCUGUAUCUGGUGGACAUGCUGUUCUUUACAUUCAAACACCACCAAUGCCUCUUUUACUUUUAACUUUAUUUGGCAAAGCAGCACUGCAUAAACUGUUCAGUAACUAAGACACAGCUUACACAGCAUGUUCAAUUCAUACAUUAUCAGCAGCGAGUUAGAAACGAAAUAAAACUAAGCUACAAGUCUAAUAUAAUUUUAAAGAAAGAAAUGAAGAACUAUGUCAGUUAUGUCCAAUCUGAACUGCUGAGUGUUAAGGAACAUCACUUUCCACCUUCUUAAAUUUUAAUAUUUACAAUUGCUUAGUUUUAAGGUACCAAAGCAGCUGAUUGUAUCUACAACAUGCUAUUCUAUGACACCACAUCAAAAGCUUUAAAAAGGGAGCUCAUCUCUAUUUUCUUAGUAGCAUCUCACAGACAUAAAAAAAAACCAAAAAAUUUUAACUUGUGAAUGGUGGUGUUAUCUGAUACACAAACGCAGUCUGAAAAAUUAAUAUUGGAACAGAAUUAAGUGUCUAAGAAAAGAAAAAUCACUCCUCCAAAUCAAAUAAAAAACUAACUUUCCCAUUUUGCAGAACGCCUUCGCUUAAUAUUUUAAAGUAAAAUGUAUACUUUGCAUCCUUUCUCUACCAAUUUGGCUUUUGUGCCUCUUUGAAGAAUUAGAAACCCUACAAAACCACACAUUUUCAUGCUGAAAAAAAGAGU